AUGUCCGUUCCCGAGCCUCCCGCACGCACGGCCUCCGAGUCGUCCUCGACGCCGUCGCAGAGGCCUGUCACGCCUCAUGCCCACAGUGCCCACGGCCGCUGCCCCGCCACCGGCGCCGAGCCCCACGACUACUGCCCGCCCCAGCGCGGCGACUCUCGCUCGCCCUGCCCGGCCCUCAACACCCUCGCCAACCACGGCUACCUCCCGCGCGACGGCAAGGUCAUCACGCCCUCCGUCCUCAUCCACGCCCUCCGCGAGGGCUACCACCUCUCUUACACCCUCGCCUGGUUCCUCACCCACGGCGGCUUCUACCUCCUCGGCCAGCGCCGCAAGCGCAUCUGCCUCCAGGACCUCAGCCGCCACAACUGCAUCGAGCACGACGCCAGCCUCGUCCACCCCGACGUCGGCUUCCGCGACGAGUACGCGCCCAUCGAGAUGCACCUCCACAUGCUCGAGGACCUCAUGCGCUACUCCAAGGACGGCGUCGUCAUGACCCCGGACGACGUCGCCCGCGCCCGGGUCGCCCGCGAGGCCGCCUACACCAUCCCCAUGGACAAGAUCCACGCCGAGAUCGCCCGCGGCGAGAUGGCCAUCGUCCUCCAGCUCUUCAACAACCCGGAGAACUACGCGCACCCCGCGCCGUCGCGUCCCUCGCUCCUCACGCGCCGCCUCCCCGACGGCUGGACGCCCUACCACCGCGUCGGGCUCCUGCACACCAUGCGCAUGGCGACGCGUCUCCGGCGGUCCAUGCGCGCGCUCCAGCAAGAAGACCGCAAGGCCGGGCGCGCCCGGACGCGGACCGUCGACGGCGCCCUCGCCGCGCUCAUCCCCGCGCUCACCAUCGCCGCCCCCGAGGGCGGGCGCGGCGUCGUCCUCGAGACGGGCGACGUCGGCGGGGAGCCGCUGUGCGACGAGCCCGCGUGCGGAGGGGGCGCCGGGUCCGAGUCCGAGUCGCCGACGACGCUGGACACGCCCCGGAGCACCAUGACGCGCCACAGCACCCUCACGUCGCGCGCGUCGUCCGACGGCCUGCGCACGCCCGUCGACGUGUCCUUCCCCGUUGCCGCCCCCGUCGGCAACGCCAAGCAGAGCGUGUUUCCGGUGCAGGAGGAGGAAGGCGUCUUUGAGCGGAUCAGGGAGAGAACGCGGGCGAUCGAGAUUGUCUAG